AUGGACAUCUCAAUUUCAGAAAUUUGUCGAGUCACUUUUUCCAUUGGUAAACAUUAUGUCUGCGAGGUGUCGUGCGACAUCCUUAAUAUGGAUGUUUGCCACAUCAUUCUGGGGCACCCGUGGCAAUUCGAUGUUGGUGUAAUCUAUGAUGGGAGAUCAAACUCCUAUUCUUUGGAGUGGAAGGGAAGACCCCUCAAGUUGAUGCCUUACCUCAAUGACAGAGUUGAGUCAUCUGGCACCAAACCUGCUAUAAUGCAACUUGUCUCUGGAUCAGCUCUCAUUCACGCCAUCCAGGAGACACAUACUUUGAUAGCACUGAUAGUUAAGGAGCAACCUACAGCAGAGCAACACGGUGAGAUUCCCAUUGAGGUUAAACAGUUACUGGAUCAGUUUGCGGAUGUGGCUCUUGCAACAUUACCUGCCGUGUUACAACCACUCCGAGCUCUUCAACACAAAAUCGAUUUGAUAUCGGGAGCAACUCUGCCGAAUGCACCGCACUACCAAAUGAGUCCCAAAGAUCAUGCUAUCCUUCAAGAGCUUGUAAAAGACUUACUGGAAAAAUAA